GAACCGCCGCGCGGCCCAGCGCGCCUCCCGCCCUGCCCGUCUCAGCCCGUUCAUCUAGCGACUGGUCUCCCUUGCAAUUAUGGAGUUUUAGAAGAAUAAGAUAGUGUGGAGGGGGAAUCUCCCUCUCCACACUUGAGGUAGUUUGCUUUUGGAAUUUUCUAUGGACAAGAGUAUUUCUUAUAUGUAAUGGUGAAAUAAGACUUCUGAAAAUAUAUAUUUAUAAAUAUUUAUUUUGAUCAAGUGCCAAACAUAACAGUACAAAGAUUUCUAAUGGCAGCUCAAUAAAACUGUAUAUAAAUUUUUUGGAAUUACAAAUUUCUGAAGGCACUGUAUCAUGUACUGAAUUGGAGUGCCUUGAUACAGUCAAUGAUYGUUCCCCUGAAGAAGAGCAGCUUCAGAAGGGAAGAUGAGUUCUCUCAUGCCAGACUGCACUCUGAAAUGCCGUUCUCUGCAGCAUGCCUUGGAUGUUAUUUCUGUAGUUACCAGAGGAAGUGAAAGCCAGAUUAAAGCUUUUCUCUCAUCUUACUGCUACAAUGCUGCAACUAUAAAGGAUGCCUUUGGUAGAAAUGUUCUGCAUCUUGCUUCAUCUUGUGGCAAAAAAGGUGUGGUUGACUGGCUGGCUGAAACCAAAGGAGUUGAUCUUGUGGCUAAAGACAAAGAAUCUGGAUGGACAGCUUUGCACCGGAGUAUAUUUUAUGGAUACAUUGACUGUGUUCUGUCAUUACUAAAGCAUGGUGUUAGUCUGUAUCUUCAGGAUAAAGAAGGCUUAUCAGCUUUGGAUCUUGUGAUGAAAGACAGGCCAGCAUAUGUGGUGUUCAAGAAAACUGAUCCCACAGAAGUCUACACUUGGGGAAACAAUAUUAAUUUUACUUUGGGUCAUGGUGGUCAACAGAGUAAACAUCAUCCUGAAUUGGUGGACCUUUUCCCUCGCAAUGGCGUGUAUAUCAAACAGGUCGUACUCUGCAAAUUCCAUUCCGUGUUCCUUUCUCAGAAAGGACAGAUUUAUACAUGUGGACAUGGACAAGGAGGACGUUUGGGUCAUGGUGAUGAACAAACAUGCUUGGUUCCAAGACUUGUGGAAGGUUUGACUGGUCAUCAGUGUACCCAGAUAGCAGCAGCUAAAGAUCAUACUGUUGUCUUAACAGAAGAUGGAUGUGUCUACACAUUUGGUCUAAAUACUUUCCACCAAUUGGGUAUUCUUCCUCCUCCUGCUAAUUGCAGUGUUCCCAGACAGGUUCAGGCAAAAAACCUGAAAGGUAGAAUGGUGAUUGGAGUGGCUGCAGGCAGAUUCCAUACAGUGCUAUGGACUAAGGAAGCAGUGUAUACCAUGGGUCUGAAUGGCGGCCAACUAGGUUAUCUGCUCGAUCCUAAUGGAGAAAGAUGUGUAACUGCACCUCGCCAAGUUUCUGCUCUACACCAUAAAGAUGUUUCAGUGUCCUUGGUCUCGGCAAGCGAUGGUGCUACAGUCUGUGUUACUGAGAGAGGAGAUAUUUAUUUACUCGCAGACUAUCAGUGCAAAAAGUUGGCUUCAAAACAGCUGAACCUUAAAAAAGUUCUUGUUAAUGGAGGAUAUUUGGAGUACAAGGUAGAUACCCAGAAUCUUAAGGAAAAYGGAGGUCAGAAGAUCUGCAUUUUAGCACUGGAUGAAGCUGGAAGAGUGUUUUGUUGGAAGUCAUCCAACAAUCCCAUGAAGCAGUGUCGCUGGGUGUAUGGCCGCCAGGUCUUCAUGUCUGAUGUUGCUUUAAAUAAGAACGAAAUCAUGUUUGUCACGCAGGAUGGUGAAGCCUUUACAGGGAGGUUUCUAGAAGACAGGAAGAAAAGCUCUGAAAAGAAAGCAGAACUUGGAUCAAGCCUUCAGAAUUCCUCAUGUGAAGUGUCUUGUCAAUAUGAUACAAACAGUGUGUAUGAACGAAUUCGCCUUCAGAAGCUGGCGUUUGUCCACCGAGCUGUAAGCAUUGCCACAGAUCCUAAUGGGUGCAAUUUUGCUGUUUUGCAGUCGGAUCCUAAAACAAGUCUCUAUGAAAUUCCAAGUGUGUCGUCAUCAAAUUUUGGAGAAGAUUUUGGCAAACUUCUAGAUGAAGCAGAUGAAAUGGACAGCAUCCAUGAUGUGGCUUUUCAGAUUGGCACAAGAAUUUACCCUGUGCACAAAUACAUCUUGGCUGCGCGCUCUGACUUCUUCAAGAAGCUGUUUAUUUCCAGUGAUAAUCCACUCGAUGUUCCAGAUGUCUACCGUAAAGAUGAAGAUGCUGUUGGAUGUGAUCUCUAUGUAAUAGAGAAGGUUCAUCCAGAGCUGUUUGCAUAUCUUCUGCAGUUCAUAUACACUGAUACUUGUGAUCUUCUGACUCAUGGUCACAAACCAAAAAUCAUGCAUAAAGAAAAAUCGGAAGAAUAUCAAGAUGUGUUAAUUUCUAACCUGAGCAAAAUGAAUUUUGAUGAAGAUAAUGGGAAGUCUGCAUUUGAGAUCUACAGAAAUAAUCAAGUGCAAGUUAUAAAUGAAAAACAGAAGAGCAAAACUAAAAAAGGCAAAGUUGCUGGUGAAGAAGUUAACCUCAUAAAAAUGUUGCAAAGUGCUGCAAAAAAGUUUGGACUUGGCAAUUUAAGUGGAAGGUUGGAUGGAGUCAAAUUAGAAAAUGGAAAGAUAAACGUUGUCAACAGGAAAAAUGGGAACAAACCAAAGUUGAAUCAGAAGAAAUGUUCAUACCUCUGCGAUGUGACCCUGAAAUCCUUAGAUGGAAAGGAAUUCCCGUGUCAUAAAUGUGUACUUUGUGCAAGACUUGAUUAUUUUCACAGCAUGCUUAGCAGCUCAUGGAUUGAGGCCUCCUGUUGUUCAGCUCUGGAGAUGCCAAUCCAUUCUGAUAUACUACAGAUAAUUGUAGAUUACAUGUACACAGAUGAAGCUGUUGCAAUAAAAGAUUCUCAAAAUGUGGAGUUUGUAUGCAAUGUUCUUGUGGUGGCAGACCAGCUUCUUAUAUCCAGACUCAAAGAAAUCUGUGAAGUGGCCAUUGCAGAAAAACUGACACUGAAGAAUGCCGCGGAGCUGCUGGAGUUCUCAGCAAUGUAUAAUGCUGAGCAGCUCAAGCUGUCCUGCUUGCAGUUCAUAGGACUCAACAUGGCUGCUUUGCUUGAGGCCAGAACUCUGGAUGUCCUAAGUGAUGAAGUUGUAAAGGACCUUUCAGUUUAUUACAGGAAAAUGAUUCCAGCUAUGGUCAGGAGAGUAAUUACUCCAUAUCCAGAUGGACCCGACAUAAGUUCUUUGGACCCUGAAGAUGGAGAGAACUUUGUCUUUUUAAAGGAUGAAAUGAACACAGAACAAAAUUCUCAGGAAGCCCUUUUCAAAAGAGCAAAAAACAAGGCCAAGAAGAAGCCACGGAAACGAUCUGACAGCUCUGGAGGGUAUAACCUGUCAGAUAUCAUUCAGAGUCCAGCCUCUACAGGCUCAGUAAAGCUGGAUAAAACAAAUUCUGUGGAGUCGCUUCCAGAACUCUUAACGUCCGACUCUGAAGGCAGCUAUGCAGGCUUGAGUAGCCCAAGAGACUUGCAGUCCCCUGACUUCACAAAAGGAUUUCAUGCAGAGAGGCCUGAGAUGAAGGACAAACCAGGUAAUCAGGGUAUUAAAGCCUCAAARCCGAUCAAAGAUGGGAAGUCGUGCRAGGGAUCACCAGCAGUGGCACAGUCUGUUCCACAGUCCAUUCCCAGCACCAAAACCAGCUCAGCAAGCUCUCCCAAUUGGGUUGCUACUAGUUUCAGCCCCGCCAGCCCUCCUGCGAUGGAUUUAAGAACCAUCAUGGAAAUUGAAGAAAAUAUGCAGAAAUGCGGAACCAUGCCAAAGACAAAUUCAGGCAGAAUGGCUUCUCAUGGAAUCAGACUUUCCCAGAAGCAAAGGAAAAUGAUUGCCCUGGCAGCAAAAGAUAAUGGAUCAGUAACUAGCAGCGGGGAGACUGCUCCAGUCAUGACCACACCACCCACACCUACAAAAGUUGCAAAACUAGGGAAUGCAUGGGCAUCUUCAUUACCUUCUUMUUUGCCAAAGUCAUUCCGUGAUCUUGUAACGGAAGAAGAAAAAUGUGCGAGUAAUUCACUAGGUACUGGUGUCAAAAGAGCUGGAUAUAAAGGACCUGAGGAUCCACCAAACCACAACCCUGCAAGAUGUAUAACCAGAAGUAGCUCAAGCCUGGAAAACCAUGUCCUGGAUUCUCCACAGCUGGAGAGUCAUAAUCCUUGGUUAGCAACAUCCCCRACCAGCUCUCCAGGAAUAGCACCUGUCAUGUUUGCAGCUAUUGUAGAGGAAGAGCUCCAGCAAGAAGCUGCUCUGAUUAGGAGCAGGGAAAAGCCUUUGGCUUUGAUCCAGAUUGAGGAGUGUGCUAUUCAAGAUUUACUAAUCCACUAUGAAGCUUUUGACAACCCUGAUGAAUUUGUGACUGUUGAAAGGGCUUCACAGGGACCUAUAGCAACACCCAUGUGGAACAAGCACUAAUUGUCACUGUUCACAGUCCAUACUAUAUGUGCACUUCUGAAGGUUUAUUUCUUGGUACGGGUAGAACUGGACUGGAAGAGCAGGAAUUUGUAAAUUUAACAUCAGCAUUAGAAACUGCACAUGAUCUUUAGACAUUUGGUAGAGAAUGAAAAUAAUUUGUCCAUUGUGUCCAUUAUCUGAAGUAUAUAUUGUGUGUAUGUUUGGGGAAAAUUUCUUUUACAAGCCCUAUUAUUAUUAAUGUUACAUGAAGUUGUAGAUUGGAAAUGCAUUUGCUUAUCUUAAAAUUAGAGUUUUGCUUAGUUAAAUUCACAGGUAGUUGAAAAGCAAAUGCUUAUUUUGUGGUUUAAUGUGAAAUUGAAUGUGCAGAGUUAUGCAUCUUAAAGAGUUAUGUUUUUCAGAGCUUACUGCCAAAUCAGGAAUAUCCCCAAAAGUUUGCUCUUCACGCAAAAAUGUAGUCUGAUAACGCAGUUUUCCUUAAGUUCUGUGUGUAAGUACUGGUUCGCUGACUGUUGUGACCAGACUGUCAUGCUCUGCAGUGAACCUCCACGCUGUGCCCAGGUGCCCUGCUGUUGCCUGCUCUCAGUUCAGUUGUGCAUGGGUUUUUUUCACCAUUAUGAGACUGGCCUUCUGUUGUGAGGUAAAGCACACAGUUGAAUAGGAUGUGGUGGCACGUAGCUCAUCUAUAGGCUUAUUCUGAUUAAUAGGGUACGGUUUUAGAAUCACUAAGGUGAUUCAAGUCAUUAAAGUACAAAUGACUUAAAGUGCUGAGGAAUUAUAAAAUCUGUAUGUUCAUUGUUAAAGCUACAGGGGUGAAUGCUUCAUUGUGGCAUUUGCAAACACUUAACCCACAACGAUCAUCAUCGGUGGCUUUUGGUAUUGUGUGUUCCAGAGUUAUCCGUGCCUGGUUUCCUUCAACAAAUUCAUAUUAAAAAAAAAAAAAAAAAAAAAUGGGGAGCCUUAUCUCCAUUGUUCUGUCUAGUUUCUCUGUUUGUGUAGGUGUGUUUGAACUUGAACUUUUUCAGUAGUGUUGGUACUUACAAACUGAAAAAACUGGAAUUGAGAGAGAGCUACAGAAGAUGAAUAUAUGGAAUUGAUCA